UGGUGCCUGUAGAAUCCGCCUGUUAUACCUGUUGGAAUAAAUUUCUCGUUUGUUUAGGGAAUUCCACUGCAAAUUUUCUGUGUUGUCUGCCCUGAUAACAAAUUCCCAGGUCGUCUGUGGAUUCAAAAGGUCCAAAUGAAGAACUAAACCUGUGACCUUUCAAACGGGCUCCUGGCAGUGAGGAGCGGUGGUUAUCGUCUGAUAUCUUUAAUUUUUGUAUCAUCAAAAUGUCGGAGAGCUUGCAGGUCGCCGUGCGUGUUCGCCCUUUGAACGAAAAGGAGCGUUCAAGCUCUCAAAGUGAAGCUGUCACCACCUUUGGCAAGGUGGUUAGUGUUCGUGAUUCCGAUCAAGCCUUUUCCUUUACUGACGUGUAUGGCGUGUCCAGCACUCAGGAGGAAGUGUUCAGCAAGUCGGUCAAACCCCUGUUGGAGAACCUGUUCAAAGGCUACAACCUGACGAUCCUGGCCUAUGGACAAACAGGGUCAGGAAAGACAUACACGAUGGGCACUAGCGGCGGAGAGGGACGUGACGCUGGCAUGAUCCUCAAGUCGAUCCAGUAUAUUUUUGACAGAAUUGAGUUGUCCACUGACUGUGAGAUCAACGUGUCUGUCUCCUUUCUUGAGCUUUACAUGGAAGAGUUUCGAGAUCUGCUGGCGUCUACCCACCUCGGUUCCAACAGCCCUCUGGAUAUUAGAGAGGACGGCACUGGCAAUAUCAUAGUCCCAGGGCUGACUGAAAUUGCCGUGUCCAAUCCUGAAGAGACGUUGUCGUGGCUUGCUCAGGGGUCGCAGUUCAGGAAAACUGGAGCAACAGCGAUGAAUGUAGUGUCCAGCCGCAGCCACGCUGUGUUUACCAUCAAGUUGGAAUGCAACCAUUUGGAUGGCUCGCCUGCAACAGUCAGCAAAUUCUCCCUAGUCGACCUGGCAGGCUCGGAGCGAGCAAAGAAAACAGGCACCACUGGCGAGCGGAUGCAGGAAGGCAUCGACAUCAACAAGGGACUUUUGGCCCUUGGAAACGUCAUCAGCGCCUUGUCAGAGCAAAAGAGGGGCCGCCACAUUCCAUACCGUGACAGCAAACUCACCAGACUCCUCCAAGACUCGCUUGGUGGCAACUCGCACACACUGAUGAUCGCUUGCGUUAGCCCAGCAGCUGGAAAUCUUCAAGAGACCGUAAGCACUCUGCGUUACGCUACCAGAGCGCUGAAGAUCAAGAACAAGCCUGUUGUGAACGCCGACCUGAAGGCGGCUGAGAUCAGCGAGUUGCAAACUCAGCUGAAGAACCUGAGGAAUCUACUUGAGCAGGAAAAAAUGAUGAAAGGAAGACAAAUGUGCCCACCAGGCCACUUGAAACUUAUUUCGCUGGUGAAGCAAGCUAUAUCUGAUGACUCAAACGAAACUCUCAGUGACAGAAUUAAAAAUAUGUCUCCAAUGACAAAGGACUACUUGCGUCACAUUGGAAUUGUGGUUGAUGACAUGGAAGAUGAAGAUUUUGAAGUGUACCACAGCCUCAGUCCAACUCACUUCCAACCAGACGGCGCGCAAAGCCCUAUUGAAAACGUUUCCCACGCUGAAGCUGAAGAGGGAUACGAGCAGCACCAGAAGCAACUCAAUCUAGAACUCCAGGGCAUUGAGUCGGAGCUGGAGACCAAGGAGGCGCAGAUGAAGGAACUGUCCAACAUGUCCUUGAUAGAGUACGAGGAAAAGUGCAUCAGCCUGCAGCAAAAGGUGGAGGAGCUGCAGAUGCAGAAGGUUUCCCUCGAGAAGCAGUUGGUCGAACUGCAAGGCUCAAAUUCCAAGGCGUCUGCCAUGCUUGCUGAGCAGCGAAGGCAGCAAAUCAAAGAGCUGGAGAGGAAGAUCAACCUGCAAAACAAGGAGCUGGCCGAAAUUUCUCGCUUGCGCGUGGAGAAGAAGAGAGACGGGGACAGGAUCAACACGCUGCAAAGGGACAUUCAGGGCUUGAAAGCCGCCAAGGUCAAGCUGUCAAAGGAGAUCAGAAAGAGCGCUGACAACUUCCGAGUCUGGAAGAUGCGACAGGACAAGGAGGUGGGCAGGCUGAAGGAGGCGGCGGUCAAGGGAAAGCACCAACUCGACAAGCAGGCCAGACUGCACGCCAAGCAGCAAAACGUGUUGCAGAGAAAGUACGAAGAAGCCAUGAACGCAAACAAAAAGCUGCAGUCAAUGCUUGGUCACCAGAGGCAAAAUGUGACCUUUUCCGCUAGCCACAGAUCCAUGAUGAUUAACAAUCAAGAAAAGGUGCAAAAGUGGCUGCACAAUGAGAUCGAAAUCGAGAAGAGCAAGGCCAUUCACAGAGAGGCUCUCGACCAUUUACUCGCUGACAAGGACAGGCUUGUGCAGAAGAAGAAUAACCUAACGAACACAAAGUGCUGGGAGGAUCCCGCAACCAAGAGGCAAAGGACGAGGGAAAUCCGCGGUAUUGAGCGGCAAAUCAACACUUUGUGCAAGCAAAUCGCGGACUUGGAGAAGCUUCUGGCAGCUAACAACAUGGGCGAAGGAAACAAUCCGCUUGCUCGUUGGACUGUCGUGAGCAAUUUGAGCGACGCCCGCAUAGUCAUGGAAAACUUGAUGCAGACCUUUGUCCAAUCAGACCGAGAACUCGCCGCCAAAAAGGAGCAGAUGACCGAGAUGGAGGACUCUUACAGCCGCGAGAUCAAGAGGCUGAAAGAGCAGCUCAAGAACACAAUUUCCACUCCCGUUGAAGCGCCUGCUGCCUCUACAAAUCUGGCUUUGACUCCUGUCCAACCGAUGGCUGCAAUCAAUCCAUCCAGGACCUUCAACUUAGACUCUAUGGUCAAGAGCAAGAGGAAAACGCUCUUCUUUGAGAACAAUGACUCUUUAGAUGAAUCUCUGUCAGACAAUGAUGAUGUGGAGAGGGACCCUGACUGGAGAAAAACUCCAUUCACAAAACAGCUGCGGACGAAAAACUCUUCUGAGUUUGAAGCCCCUCAGCCGACAGAGCAGAAGAAGACCAGCUUUGACGGCCGGAAGUGCAUGUGCAGUGGAAACUGCGAAACAAAGCGGUGCGGCUGCAAGAAGCUGUCGGAGCAGUGCUCAGAAAACUGCGGAUGCAGCGGUGAGAUGUGCCGCAACCGCUUGAACGCAGACAACGAGGACGAAGAUUCGCACGAGAUGCUGAACAGCACUCCGCUGAAUACGACUUUUGAAGUCAAAAAACGCAGUUCUGACGAAAGCCGUAUUAAAGAGGAGGAAGUGGGAAACCCCCCUGAGAAAAGGAAGAAGAGAAUGUUUGCGUCUGUCAAAGUUGAUUUUGAUUUUUAAUUGAUAUAAUUUUAAGAUUUUUAGUCACAUUGAUUGAUUAAUUUUGUCAGAUCACAAUUAAAUCGAUAGACUGUAAUAAGUCCUCGUGCUUUCAUUGUUUUUAUAAAAUGUAAUUAAGAUGAGCAACGAAAAAAUGUUAUACUAUCAUUCAAUAAAUACUAAUUUGAUUAUAAUA